UCUGGUGUUCUUUAAAACCGCUGCCAUGAAGAUUAUUGUUCUUGCCUGUCUUGCCGCCGUAGCUGUUGCUGCUAAGCUGGAGGACCGAGUGGUCACCCUCCUUCGCGAUGACCGUGUAGCCAACGAGGACGGCACCUUCUCCUACGCCGUGCAAGCCGACAACGGCAUCAACACAGCCGUUGAAGGAGUCGUUGGAUCUGCCGGUCAGAUAAAUCAGCAGGGAUCUUACACCUACACGCUAGCAGACGGUACCCAGGCUGUUGUCACUUUCGUCGCCAACGAGAACGGCUUCCAGCCCUCGUCCAACAUCCUGCCCACUCCCCACCCUCUUCCCGCUCACGUCUUUGAGCUGCUGGAAAUCGCCGAGCGCCAACGUGCAGCGGGCAUUGUGUUCAACUAAGGGAGUGAGGAAAAUAAACGACGAGAAUGGAUGUGAAAUGAAAGCUGGUUGAAUAAAGUUUUAAAUUAA